CGCUGCUUACGCCCCGCUCAGCCCACAGAGGGCAAUGGCGGCGCCCCCGCUGAGGAGACGGGCUGAGGUGAGUUCUUGUCUCCCGGGACCCUCACCGUCCCCUUAAGCUGAAGUGGACAAACCCGGGUGAGGGCGCCUGUCCCGUCCUGCAGCUCAGUCCCGCGUGGAGGACCGUGAGGAAGGUGGAGGGGAGAGAGGAGUGUUGUGGCUUCUGAGGACACAGCAAGUGCAGGGCAGAGAGGACAGGGGUGACUUGCAUCUGAAUGUCGCUGAGGAUGUGGCUGUGAGUAUUGACGGAAAGAUCAGAGGCUGCAGGGAGGACGUCACAGACUCAUUGGGGCUUUCCCGGCUGUGGGUCCGUCAGGGACCUGGGGUGGGCCUGGAUCCGGCUGGGAGACAAGCUCUCUACACGCCAUAUGCCAAGUUCAUGGGUGAGUCCAGCGACACCCAGUGGCAUUGGAGCAGGAAGCGGGGAGAGCUGAGGGAGUGAACCUGGGAUCUGAACAUGGGAAGGGGGUAAACAUUACCCAGUGGUGUGCACAUCUGGAGGAAGUGUGAGCUGAUGGUCCCGGGACCUGCUGUGGGGACUUAAAGGUGAAGCAUAAACCCUCGCUUGGCUUUGUCUUGGAGGCAGGAUCUAGGAGACUGCAGUGGUGUUGCUUGGCAGGAAGGCUGGGGCCCUACAGGCAUCGCCCAGACCUUAAAUGGCAUUGCUCUCUACCCUCCCCUCCCCCAAUCCUUCCCACCAACCCAGCUGCUCUGCUGAGGGCCAUCACAGUGAGUAAUGGGACUGUGAUGAGAGAACAGCCUGCACUGGCAUUAGGGCCUGGAGUCCACACUAACCGGGUGCCCUGGAGGAGGUUGAGGGGGGGAAGGUGUGUAAGCAGUAGGAUUACUGGUUCUCAGAAAGGCAGCUCUGGUUUCAAUUGUCCCAAUUCUGACAGGUUGGCGUCACCUUUGAGGACAUUGCCCUGUACUUCUCCAGAGAGGAAUGGAGCCUCCUUGAUGAGGGUCAGAGACAGCUGUACCUGAAUGUGAUGCUGGAAAACUUUGAACUUAUAUCCUCGCUGGGUUGCUGCUGUGGAGCAGGAAUUAUGGAGGCAACGACUGAACAGAAGGUUUCAGUAAGAUUGUCACAGGCAAGGAAUCCCAAGUUAGCCUUGUCUUCCCAGAAGAGCCACCCCUGUGAGGGUUGUGGGCUAGUCCUGGGAAACAUUUUCCACAUGAUGGAGGGUCAGGGAACACAACACGGACAGAUACUGUUGAGGUGUGGGGCGUGUGCAAAACAAUUCUAUUUCCGUGUAAAAUUUCACCAGCAGCAUGUGAAAGAGAAGACUUUCACUAGAGGUGUGGAGAGGAUCUCACUUGCAAACAGCUGUAAUUUCAAUGUGUCCCAGAAUCAUUUCAAAUGCGGGGAGGUUGGGCAGGGUGUCCGUAUGGGGUCAGGACAUCUGCACCUAAAGGCUCUUCAAACCAAGGACAGUCCAACUGCAAUUUCCACGUGUGGGAUGACGUUUCAAGGGAGAAAAAAAUAUUACAGUAGAAAAGAAGGUAAGAGAGACAUUAGUUGUACCCACACAGGUAUUCAGGAAAAAGGUGUCCAACUUGGAAGUGGGAGUUUUGGGUCCUCUGAAUGUGGAAAAUUUUUUACCAAGUUUUCUAGCUUUCAUUAUCAGCAGAGAGGUCACACUGGAGAAAAGCCUUAUGAAUGCAGUGACUGUGGGAAAACUUUUGCACGGAGCAAUGGCCUUCGUUGUCAUCAGAGGGUUCAUACAGGAGAAAAGCCUUAUAAAUGCAUGGAAUGUGGAAAAUCUUUUGCACGAAGCAAUGCCCUUCGUUAUCAUCAGAGAGUUCACACUGGAGAAAAGCCUUAUAAAUGCAGUGAAUGUGGAAAAUCUUUUGCACGAAGCAAUGCCCUUAGUGAGCAUCAGAGAGUUCAUAUAGGAGAAAAGCCUUAUAAAUGCAAUGAAUGUGGGAAAUCUUUUACCCUGAAAACUAACCUUCGUUGUCAUCAGAGAGUUCAUACAGGAGAAAAGCCUUAUAAAUGCAGUGAAUGUGGAAAAUCUUUUACCCAGAGCAAUUCCCUUCAUUUUCAUCAGAGAGUUCACACAGGAGAAAAGCCUUAUAAAUGCAGUGAAUGUGGGAAAUCUUUUGCACGGAGUGAUUCCCUUCGUUAUCAUCAGAGAGUUCAUACAGGAGAAAAGCCUUAUAAAUGCAGUGAAUGUGGAAAAUCUUUUGCACGGAGCGAUGCCCUUCAUUAUCAUCAGAGAGUUCAUACAGGAGAAAAGCCUUAUAAAUGCAGUGAAUGUGGGAAAGCUUACCCCACUAGGACUAAGCUUUGUUGUCAUCAGAGAGUGCACACUGGAAAGAGGCCUUAUAAAUGCAGUGAAUGUAGAAAAUCUUUUACCACAAACACCCAUCUUCGUACUCAUCAGAGAGUUCACACUGAAGAAAAGCCUUAUCAAUGUAGUGAAUGUGGAAAAUCUUUUACAUAUAGCAGUAGUCUCCAAAAUCAUCAGAGAGUUCACUCUGGAGAAAAGCCUUAUCAAUGCAGUGAAUGUGGAAAAUCUUUUACAUAUAGCAGUAGUCUCCAAUAUCAUCAGAGAGUUCACUCUGGAGAAAAGCCUUAUCAAUGCAGUGAAUGUGGAAAAUCUUUUACCAAUACUAGAGACCUUCAUUGUCAUCAGCGUAUUCACACUGGAGAAAAGCCUUAUAAAUGCAGUGAAUGUGGAAAAUCUUUUGCACGGAGCAAUAAACUUCGUUAUCAUCAGAGAGUUCAUACGGGAGAAAAGCCUUAUAAAUGCAGUGAAUGUGGGAAAUGUUUUAAAGGUAUCAGUGGUCUCCAAUAUCAUCAGAGAGUUCACAAUGGAGAAAGCCCUUAUGAGUGCAAUUAAUAUGAGAUAUGUCUCAGCCAAAUUUCUAAAUUUGCUCUCCACUAGAGUACAAAUGUGAGAAAUUUCUUAGAUGUGUAGGAAAUGUAGUUUCUUAGAAGUUAACAAUAGUACAAGAAAAUUUGUUAAUCCUCAUUUUUCUGAAUUAUAUCCUAUACAUUUAAUCACCUAUGUUUUGUAAAGUUCCCAUAAGUGUUUUUGCUGUUCUAUGUGUGUGUUUUUAUGUUGGAACACUAUGUAAUUAUGUUGCACGUUCUAACAUACAGAGAUGUCCUGCCAGAUCUAUGUCACUGCACAUUUCUAUUGCUGAAGGUAUUUCACCUGAACCACCUAUAAGGUCCCUACAGAUGGCAUCAAUCACCAUCCUCCUGUGGCAGGGAAGCUAUGUCUGUUGUCUGAUUUGUCAACAAAAAUGAGGAAUGCCUGAGCCCUUGGUUCUUAUUUGUUUCCCUGUCUUGUGUUGCCACAUAGGACUCAUUACUGUUGGCCCCAGUAAACAUAAUGUUGCAGAGGGCCUGCCAUUUUCAGGGACACACUUUCUCUAGAUGCUAAUGAUGAGUUUAUUUCGUACCUAAGUCAUCAAUGGAAGAGACUGGACAAAAAUUGUGCACCUAUGGAUGAGGACAGUGG